GCUUAUUCAACCAGACCUAACCACACCCCCAUUAUGUGAGACUUAACCUCAUAUGCUUUAAGAUUCAAGUAGUUUUUUUUAUCAAAGCAUCUGGAACCUUCUGGUUAGCUGGAAAUCAAAAGGGAAGAAGUGUGUGAACCAGAGAAGGAAAGACGACAUCUAAGAGCAGUUUUAAUCACAUUCCAAUCUGACGCUGCCAGCCAUGGGGGACAUCCAGAAAGGGAAGAAGGUGUUUGUCCAGAAGUGCUCCCAGUGCCACAGUGUGGAGGAAGGAGGGCGCCAUAAGGUGGGGCCAAAUCUCUGGGGGCUGUUUGGACGGAAGACGGGGCAGGCACCAGGAUACUCCUACACUCAGGCUAACAUUGAAAAAGGUAUCAUAUGGAGUGAGGACACUUUGAAUGUCUACCUUGAAAACCCAAAGAAGUACAUUCCAGGUACCAAGAUGAUCUUCGCUGGCAUCAGAAAGAAAAAGGAAAGAGCAGAUCUUAUUGCCUACUUAAAGGAUUCAACCUCUUGAUGUACUGAUUCUUUGGACUGUACACCAAAAACUACACUGACGGGGAUUAGAACAAGCUUUUAUGAGUUUGACAUGUGUUUUUCUUUUAUUUUAGGGUUCUUAUUUUUGUUGAGGUCCGAAAAACUAACUCAUUUUCGCAUCCAAAAUGCACUCUGUGCAGACUGCUGUUUACUACUUGGACUUUGUGGUAUUACCCACUCUAUGCACAUAGAAAUACUUUUGCUACCCUAUUGUUUAUUUAAUUGUGUAUAUUUAUUUUUUUCUGUCUGUGAACUCUAACUCAUUUCAUCUCACUAGACAGGCUUUUUUUCAGGAUUGUUUUUAUUUUCCUUCUGUUGUUUGAUUUAUUUCAGCCCAUUAUUAAAUGGGAACGCAUUUAUUCAACUCAACUCAUUAUCUUUUGAGAGCAAAAAGUUUGAAUAACAUUAAGCUCUGUGACUUUAUUCAAUUUCUUUAAGGGAUGUUUUAUAAAGUGGGAUUUGCUAAAUAAAAUUUCU